GCUUUUUCCAUGGUUUAAACAAAUUUCUGCCUUGAUUUCAGAGAGACAAUUUCAGGCGAAUUUUUUUUGCCGAUCGGGUUAAACAUAUUGAUUUUUCACCGCGUCCAUUGAUUUGAGGAUAGUGAGACGAACGUAGUUUCAUUUGGUGUUGUAAUUGCAGAGAAUUUUGAAACCUAAGAGAAAGUGAGGGUUUUGAAAUUGGUGAAAGGUUGAAGUGGAAAGUUUUUUCUGAAGACCAUCUUCAUAUAUUUGCAGACUGAAGCUGAAUCAAAGAAAUUGAAAUUCAUCAUACUUGUCGGGGGGCAAUUGGAGGUCCAAGCAAGCAUGACUCCUAUAAAGAAGAGGAGGACGAACAACACAGGUGUAGAUAAUUUUGAAUCACAUCAGGUGAUUUGCUCAUGUGAUAAUGGUGCAUCGACCUCAUCCUCUGCCUUACCUUUGUCACUUAAACAAUUGGAGAAACCAACGCCAGUUGUUACUUUUUGUACUCCGGGAAGAGGGCUCAGCUUGCGUAACCCAAGUCGAAGAGGGAUAAAGAGAAAAUGUGGUUGCAUAGAGGAAACCACUCAAAUCGUCAGAGAUCGGAAAAUUGAAUCUGAGUAUCAUAUGGGUUCAAUUUUAGGCAGAGGAAAAUUCGGAGUUGUAAAGCUAUGCAAGAACAGGGUCACGGGAGAAGAGCUGGCAUGCAAGACCCUGCCCAAAGAUAGUGCACAAAAUGCAUACCGAGAAGUGGAGAUCAUGCAACAUUUAUCUGGUCAUCCUAAUAUUGUAACGCUUCAUUCAGUUUACGAAGAUGCAGAUUCUUUGCAUCUUGUAAUGGAGAUUUGCUCUGGGGGACGCUUGGUUGAUUGCAUGAAAAAAAGAUCUUAUUCAGAGCGGGAAGCUGCACAAUUAAUCAAACAGUUGACAGCUGUAAUUCAACACUGCCAUGAGAUGGGAGUUGUUCACAGGGAUAUAAAACCUGAGAAUGUUCUCCUCACCUGUGAUGGACAGAUGAAGUUAUCUGAUUUUGGCCUGUCAGUGCAUGUUGCAAAUGGCCAAAAUUUAUCAGGUUUGGUGGGCAGUGCCGCAUAUGUUGCCCCUGAAGUUUUGGCAGGGAAAUAUACAGAAACAGUGGAUGUAUGGGCUACUGGUGUCCUCCUCCAUGCGCUCCUGAUUGGUAGCUUACCAUUUUACGGGGAUUCUGUGGACGCCAUUUUUGAGGCAGUGAAAAAUGUGCAAUUGGAUUUCCAGACUGAAAAGUGGAAGUCUGUUUCUGAACCGGCAAAGGAUUUGCUAUCAAGGAUGCUUUCGAGGGAUGUUGAGAAGAGAGUCUCUCCAGAUGAAGUUUUGAACCAUCCUUGGGUUCUGUAUUAUACAGAAUCUGAUAUGGAGCUCUUUAAGGAGUCAAAAUUGAUUUCUCCAUUCAAGCCAGACAGAAAGCAAGACAAAGAUACUUCAAGCCCAGAAGAGCGGACAGAGAAGUGCAUAUGCAGGAAUUUACAGUCCUCACUUGUUGAUCUAGUUGAUCAUGCUCUUUUAUCGCUUUCAGAGAACGAGUGUGAAAAGCAAGAAACAAAUAUAGAUCUUGUAGAUGUUCUUUGUGCUGCAAUUUCACAGAUGAGAAUAUCCAAACAUAAAAAGAGCAGACAACAUGUGACUGCCUAUCCUUGCCUUGGGCAGAGUCCUGUUCAUUCAAGAUUGUCUCUCUGUACAGCGUUCUGAUCAUUAUGCGUUGAAGGCAGUUUGGUCACACUUUCGAUGAAUUUGAGGCCUGAAGAAUUCUUAUUCUGUUGGAGUUACGAAGAGCAGGAGAAGAUGGAUUGAGAUUUGACUCUUAUGUUUUUGUGGGAUAAAAUUGGUCUUAAUAGAAAAAUACUGUAUAUGACAAGCUUGUACUGCACCCUAAGGUGGUGCUUGACUGAUAUUGUAUCUGUAAAGCAUU